GGAGUGUUGGAGACAGCCAACGGUGCAGGGAAAGGCAAGACGGGUAGAACGAGAAACCCGUCAAAAAUACGUUAACGGAGCUUCGUUGUGUGUCCUCGCUUCACUCCCGGCCAUGCCAACGACACGCGAUGUAUUAUUACUGCAAUCGGAAUAAAAUGAGCGCCAUUGCAGCCGGGCCCGGAGUGGAGAGUUGCGGGGCCGGGUGUCCGCAUAGCGCCAGCCGCUGCUGCGGGGGAGGAGGCUGCAGUGAGCCCGUCAGUGGUGACGGAAGAUCGGCCGCUGCGGCUACAGCCACCAGCGCUUCCUCUGCGCGGAGCCCCAGCGUAGCCGAGGCCCAGGCGUUCUGCGAAUGGGACGAUGCCACCAAAACCUCCAUCGAUGCGGAUCCAGAACAGAAAAUGAACAAGGUGGGAUUUUUUGGGAACGGUACUGCUGAUAUCACACGGGAGGGAGAAGAAUGUGCGGAUUCGGGAAAAUACGGACGCGGGCGGUUUUGUAGACAAAGCACGGGAGCGGGCGAGGAUAACAGCAUUAAAAUAGACCACGAAGGGGUCGAGCGUCGGUGUUUUAUGAGCGCUAUGACGCGAAGGGACGGGCGCAGAGCGAGUGCGAGACUGCCGCUGCUGCGCACCGGGAGAACCCGACGAGGACAGACGGCACGCACUGAGACCGAGGGCGCGAUGAUGACAGCCGCUGCAAGGUGUGGUCACAGGACUCCCGAGCCUGUGGUCAUCAAGCGCCGGGGAUGCAGUUCUACGCGAGCCUCCAAGAGGGUGUGUUUCUCCGGGAUCAGCUCGGUGACAUACUGCGGCAGCUCCAAUGGGGAAGCUCACGUGAAGGGCUUCGCGUGCAGCACAGAGACUUUCAAAUCCGGACGUCAGGCGGACACCCCCGAAAACAGGCGGGUCCAAUCCGAGAACACGAGCAGGGCUCAAAAAAAUAAUUUAGUUGGGGGUGGCAACGGCAUGGAAAAUACCGAGCUGCCCACAUGCAGAACGACCAAGGGGCGCGUUCGACUGGACAGGGUGCGCUCAUUUCUUGCCAGCUCUGCCAACCAUAACAACGGGGUCAGCGGAAACGGCGCCCCUCAUGUAGGUAGUAACAAUAUAUCAUCUUCGCAAUCCUCCCCGUUGUCUCUCCAAGCCCCCGACCCUGAGCGUGACCAAGAACAGCCUCAGCCGCAAAAUGCACGGAUACGCGGACGCGUAAAAAAGCCCCUGUGCGCCCUUUCUCACACUGCAAGCACUCAGUCAGGGAGUGGGCCUCCUAAUGAGACGGAACACUCUAAAGGAAGCCAAAUUGAACAGAAUAAUAACCCAGCCAAGUGUGACAGUACAGGUGAAAGUCCUUCAGAGCUGGAGGGCCCCAGCACAGAGCAGAUAGACGCAGUCAGGGGGGAAGCUGAACGGCGGCAGGUAGAGCUGGAGGGUCGUACGGAUCACCUUUGGAGGCGCUUGCAGGCCUUUCAGGUGAAGCAAGUGGAGAGGCAUGUUACACAGCAGCUUCGUGGCCUGUACAGGAGCCCAGGGUUGAGCUGCAGCAGGAGGUCCGGUGCCCUAUCUCGAAACUCCGCAGAGCUGAGCAGGCUGGCUUGCAGCUGCAGUGAGAUUCUCCGAACUGCAGAGAGUGCCCUGGACUCAGACCACACGGCCAGCAGCUCAGGAGGUGACAGUGACAGUGAGGAUGAUGAGGGAUUGGUGAGAGGAGGUCGCCGCCUACGACCCCUCCCGACAAAGUCGAUUGUCACUGGCAAAGAAUGGCAGUGGGCGGAGAGUAGGGCGUGGCUUGGAAGCAGAUGGGUGUGGCUGCAGACUCAAGUAUCAGAGCUGGAGUACCGGAUCCGAGCACUGACUGAACUUUACACACACCUCAGACAGGGAAAGGUGCGGACUGCUUACUCCCUGCCUGACACACCCCUCAGAGCGUCAAAUCCCUCCCCCACAUCACACAACUGCAAGUUAUCUUCUGUUGGUGACCCCCAAAAAAAGUGGCAGACAGAAGACGCCCCCAUGCCACAAACUGUGCCCAGUCCACCUUCUGCUGCACGGGUUCAACCGUUACUCCGGCAACGGCGUCACAGACUUAUUCGCCUUGAGGAUUGUUCUGCGCUGGGCUCAAAGGCGGUUUCCUUACAGUGCUGGUGUGAACCCCCAACUGUGUGUGUGUUAUGUGGUGGUGCUCCUGCUUGUUCCACCUCAGACAAGGGGAAGGACCUCUGGACACAUCAGGCCUGGCUUGAUAUGUCUGUUCACCCUGUUCUCUCUAUGCCAUCAGAUUCACCCCUCACACUGCAUUGUGGAAUACGCCCGCUGGUCGGGCAUCAUUCUUAUAAUUCAAUGCAGUGGAUGAACAAGUCAACUUCUUUGUCUUGGCUUGGGAGGCGGGGCCAAGGAAGAGCUGGGAGAGUGAGGAGGAGAUUAGUUUGUCCCCGCCCACCCAAUACACUGCCUCCUUUAUUUAAUGCACCCGGUGGUUCUGUUUGCAGAAGCCAGAGAGGUGUGAUUAGCCCAAUCUGUCUUCCUCAGCGAGCCACAGGUUUGCCCAUCCUGCUGGCAACACCCCCAGCGACAGACAUGCCCUCUCAGCCUUUGCGAAGGAGGAGAGCAGAAAGCUCAUUUGACAUUGACAAUUUAGUGAUGCCUUUGGGCCUGGCUGGACUAGGAGCGCGAGUACAGAGAUUACAAUACAAAGAGAUUAUCACCCCAAGCUGGAGAGAGCUGGACUCUCUCUCAGGGGUCUCCGAAAACCAGGAGGGGCCACAUGCCCAGUUGUUAAAUUACAUUAACAAACACCACCAGCCCAAUGAGGAAGGACUGGAAAAUGAAGAGGAGGUGGAAGAUCUCUCUGAUGCCGUGUUUCUGAGUCGCCAUGCUUUGUGUGAGAGUAGAGAGAGAAGUCGAUGGGGGAGUUGGGCUCGUAGACGUCGCCGGGGCAGAUCUUCUUCCUCCUUUCAUGGGGAUGGGAAGUGCUCCAGGGGGUUGGAACAGACACCCGACUCUCCAGAUUCCAGGCAGAUUUAUUGUGCAGAAGGAGACGUAUCGCCAUCCAGCCCUUUCUGUACUGCAGCAGAAGAUCCCUUCAGCCAGGCUGAGGAAGAACAGCAGGCUGUGCUGCCAUGGGAACGCCGGUCGUUCCCCUUGCAGGAAUCUGAACUUCGGUGGCUGCAGGAGGAGGAAGAGACGGAGCCUGAUGAGGACCCGUGCGCAGCCAGUGGCCGAAGCCAAAGUACGGACUCUGGCAUCUCUGUGGGCAGCCUGGAGCUCUCCCCGAGGACCCCUCAGCCUUGUCAGCAGCACUCAGGCAGCGAGCGACCCACCCCACACACACUGUCCUGCAAACCAGCCACCCCGACAACAAACUCUACAGCUCAGGAUUCUUCCACUCUUCCUCUUUCGUUGAACUCGCUCUCUCAUUGAUCAUAGCGCAUCCGUCCUCCACCUGUCUUUGCGUCCUCUCCACCCAGCAGUUUAGUUUCGAGGCCCAGUAGAGUCCUGUAAGAACCAGCCUCAUUUACUCACCCUCAUGCUGUUCCACACCCGUAUGACUGUCUUUCUUCCAUGGAACACACAGGAAUAUUUUAGGUAAAAUGUUAGCCUCGGUCACCAUUUACUUUCAUUAAAUGGAAAAAAGAUGCAAUGAAAUUGAUGCCUAGCAUCUCCAUUUGUAUUCCACAAAAUAAAGAAUCAUUUGGUUUUGGAACAACAUGAGGGUAAAUGUAAGUAAUUUAAGGGUAAACUGUCCCUUUUAAGGUUUUUUUUUUUUUCUGCUAAUAUCAAAUCAACAAGACCACACACCCUAAUAUCAUUGACCCUGUUAUCAUGAUUCCUCACACUAAUCUAACCACAAGCCCUUCUGUGUCCUUACACCCUGAAUCCCACUGGAGGCUUACAUAAAAACACAAAGCCUAUUAUUUAUAAUCUUUACCCAAACCCUCAUCCAUUCAACCUAAACUGGUUUGCUGGUCUCUUAGGCUGACCUGCUGGUCCAUUUUGGACACUUUUCAGCUGGUCAGGCUGGGAAACCUGCUAAGACCAACAAACCAGCUUAGGAUGGUUUAAGCUGUUUUCUCCAGCAGGGUUGUCCACUACUUAUGUCUGUUUUGUUGUGUUCUUUUUUUUUUUUUUUUUUUUUGGACCUGUCUAAAGUGUGUUUUUCUUCAGCUGUGUCAAUCUCUCUGUCAUUUUGUGUUUUUGUUGAAUUCGAGAUCUACUUGCUUUGCAAUCGACAAUGUGAGCUCAAACCCAAACAGAUCUUCAGAUGUAAGCUCUUGGUUGAUGAUCUCCAUAUACAGGCACCACAUAUUACCCUUUGUGUGAUCGCAUUUACUGGGAUGACUUAGUUACCUUAUUCAUAUGUUGUAUUGUAUGUAUUUCAUGGAGAUGUGUGCAUACUGCCAGUCACCAAUCUGAAUACGCAAAUCAUAGCAUUUAAAAUCUCUUACUUGCUAUGUGGAUUCUGCAGUGGCUGCCUGUGUGUUUCCACAAAAAGUAUGCUUUGAUUUCCACAUGACCUGUAAAAGAAAGUGUGAUUGCUCUUGUGUUUAUGCAUAUCUGGCAGAGAGUGUAUGCGUGUGUGUGUGUGUGUGUGUGAUUUAGACAGGCCCACUGUACUGCUGCAUUAGAAGGUAGUGUUGGUGAAUAAAAAGUCAUUGUUUUGUUGGAAAACACAAGAAAAACGUUAAUGGAAGUUUUUGUAUUUAAACGCACAUGAUGCUCUCAAUGCAAAGACAUAAUAAAAGGAAUGAACACAAAUGGA